AUGCAGAGACUCCAGCAAUACACUCUCUACCACACCAUCCAUUUACUGUCAAAGGCAGAUCCCCUGAAGUACUUACUCGGUAGUCCGUCCUCCAUGAGGAAUAUUGCAAAGUGGCGGUGCCAGCUAACGAAGUACGACAUCGAAUAUGUCUCCCGCACGUCGGUUAAGGGGCAAGCAAUUGCAGAUCACCUAGCGGAGUUCCCAAUCAAGGAUGACACCCCAAUCAAUUCCGACUUUCUAGACGAAGGGAUCCUCCAAAUAAAUAGUGAGGAGGACAGGCCCUCAUGGAAGAUGUAUUUCGACGACGCAGUCAAUUCUACGGGGUCCGAUAUUGGCACAGUGCUAAUAUCCCCUGACGGGCGCUAUUAUCUUGUCACAGCAAAGAUCGAGUUCCCCUGCACUAACAACGUAGCUGAGUAUGAGGCGUGCAUCCUCGGCUUACAGGCGGCUAUCGAUUUCAAGAAGACGAAAGACGUGAAGUUAGUGCCGUACCACGAGUAUCUUGAGGAGUUGACAGAGAACUUCGAGAAGAUCUCGUUCACAUACACCCCACGCGUCAAGAACCAGUUCGCAGACGCGCUCGCAACGCUCGCAUCUAUGGUGAGCAUUACGAAGGAAAAUCUCAUCGAGUCCCUCAAGAUUAAGAUUGCCAAAGGCCCCGCCUACUGCGACACGAUUGAGACUACGGGCAAGAAGCCUUGGUAUGAAGACGUCAAGCAAUUUUUGCAAACUGGACAAUACCCCGCAUUCGCUAACUGUAAUGACCGGAAGACGCUCCGACGCCUUGCAGCGCACUACUUCUUGAGCGGCGAGACACUCUACCGCCGUUCCUUCGACGCCACGCUACUACAGUGUGUCGGCGAAAACGAGGCACAACGCCUCAUGGAAGAAGUGCACGAAGGGAGUUGUGGGCCCCACAUGAAUGGGAUCAUGCUUGCCAAGAAAAUCAUGCGAUUGGGCUACUUCUAG